UAAACGGUGCUAUAAUUUCUGAUAUUGAUGAACUUUUAUUUAAUACAAAUCAAGAUUUACUAUCAAAUAAUAAAGAACACUCACUAUCGAAUAAUCAAGAACAUUCAUUAUUGAAUAAUCAAGAAUAUUCGUCAUUGAAUGAUCAAGAAAUUACACCAUCGGAAGCUGCUGAACAAAUUGAUAAUACACUCUUAAUUUCAGAAAUUAUUGAUCUUAAUAAUUUAUCACUCGAAACUGAUGGCCAAUUUCAAGUUGAUAAGUUGACACAUCAUAAUACAAAAAAUUUAAAUUCGCUUGGAAAUAUGGACUAUAAUACAGACGAUUUAAUAAAUAAAAU